AUUACCAUGCGCCUUUUGGUGUUAUCGACCAGUGUGUGGCUCAUGCUAGCUCUUGCCACUUCUGCUUUUUCUUUUGCUCGCCAUCCGUCUGCCACAGCGGCAGCUUCGUCGCUCACGUCAAGGAGCCUUCGACUCCUCAUGUCCGCUGCGGCUUCUACACCCACCACUCCAGGUACGGAUGUUGCGUCCACAACUGGUACUACUACUGCUAGUACUGCCGAUACGUACGAUCAACUCGUCUCGCGACUCCAAACCAUCGCACGUCUCGGUCAAUCCCAGGCAGUCCUCUCGUACGAUCAAAUGGUCUUCAUGCCGUCGAGUGCCGCCUCCGCUUCCGCCCGGGGGGCACAACUUUCCGCCCUCGCCACCGUCGUACACGAAAAGGCCACGGACCCGGCCAUGAACGGAAUCCUCCAGACGUUGGAAUCGGUGGAACACCAGAGCGCCCUCACGGACGAACAGCGCAAGCUCGUGGCGCUCGCACGACGCGAGUACGAUCAGAAAACAUGUAUUCCUCCCGCGCUGGAACAGAAAAAGGCCGAGCUAUCGUCGUCCGCGUACGCCGCUUGGACCAAAGCCCGCGCCGACAACGAUUUUGCCGCCUUUGCUCCCGUACUCAAGGAAUGCUUCGACGUGGCGUCGCAAGUCGCUCAAGCGACGUUGACGGGUGUGGCCGGCGCCGGUCGCAGUGUCAAGGCGGACGAUCCCAACGCAAAGUAUACACAAAUGCUGGAUGAAUUUGAACGAGGCAUGGGUCCGGAACGGAUUGAUGCUAUUUUUGACGAAAUAGAAACCCAACUCGUGCCGUUGUUGCAGCGUGUGUUGAACGCUUCGCACCAGCCCAGUACAGACUGUUUGCACGGCAAUUUUGCCAUUGCGUCUCAAGAAGCCUUGAGCAAAGCUAUUGUCACCACCGCCAUGGGGUUCAAUGUUGAAAAGGGUCGGAUCGAUGUUUCGGUCCAUCCUUUUACAACUUCCUUUUCUCCUGCGGAUGUGCGCAUCACGUCGCGCUUUUCCGACACGGAAUGGUAUCAGGGACUGGCCGGAUCCAUGCACGAAGCCGGCCACGCCUUGUACGAACAAAAUCUACCGGACACGUCGUUACCCAUUGAUACGGCCCUCUCCAUGGGUUGUCACGAAAGUCAAAGCUUGUUCUGGGAGCGACACGUCGGCUUGUCCAAGGCGUUCUGGAAAUACGCAACGCCGCUCUUGAAGGAGCAUUUACGUGUCGAUGUAACGCCGGAAGAAGUCUACGCAGCCGUCAACGUCGUCGCCCCGACUCUCAUUCGCGUCGAGGCGGACGAACUGACGUAUCCGUUGCACGUCAUCUUGCGCUACCGUAUCGAACGCCAGGUUGUGCAAGGUACGCUGGCCGUUGAGGAUAUCCCAAGCGCCUGGAAUGCCGCCAUGAAGGAAUUGCUGGACGUGGAUGUACCGUCCGAUACCAUGGGGUGUUUGCAGGACGUCCACUGGUCGGCCGGGGCGAUUGGAUAUUUUCCCACCUACUUGAUCGGAUCCGCCACGGCGGCACAACUUGCUCACUAUUGUCGACGAGAUUUGGCGAAUUUUGACGAACUCGUCGAAACGGGACAGCUGGAACCAAUCCGCACCUGGCUCACGAAUAAAAUUCACCAACACGGCAAGCGAUACGCAAGUCUUGACGAAUUGCUGGAAGAUCAACUGGGCGAAUCGCUCAACCCGAAAUAUUUUGUCGACUAUCUGGUAGGAAAGUAUUCCGAGCUAUAUCAGUGUUAAGAUUGUAAAGAAACAGCAGAAAUG